AUGCAGCAAGAAACCCCAAAUAGUCGACCAUACAGGUCGCAUCUUCGCCCGGCCUGUAUCCCAUGUCGGAAGCGCAAAUCACGCUGCCAGUCCGAGGAAUCAAGUGCGGUCUGUCUCAUGUGCCGGGCACAUCGUACCGACUGUAUUUUCCCUUCAGAAUCCAAUCCGGACUCUACAAUAACUCGAAACUCAAACACUCGCCGUCGGCGAAGAGUAAGGGCAUCUUCAGCUAGAAGUGCGCUACCUAUCGGCUUCGCCCCAGGGUUGGCAGACGUGCCUGGGCAAGACAACUUGAUUGUCGAACAGACAGCUUCUGUUAUAGGACCAACUAAAACUCCCACUCCAGUUCUUGAAUCUAUCCACACCGAGACUGUUAGUAACCUCGCAUCUAACGUCUCACCACUGUUAUCAAGGAGCACAGAAUGGCCACAGCAAAACGAUGAACCGCAGGAGUCACCCUUGGCACUAGGAUCAAACGACGAGCAGCAGCACAACCUCCACAUAGUAGGGCCUGCUGUUACUUCAGACAACCAAGUCUUGUCUGACUAUCUGUCGGCGAUGCCUAGUGCCGCGCGAGGGUCACGAAUUGUUAGACCAGGUCCCGGCAAUAGGUCAAGACCCGUCUUGUUUACCGUGGUUCAGAAGCGACCGAUAGGGCUAGACUCACAUCGCAGUUUCCCCCAAGAAAGACUCCAGCUGAUUGAGAAGAUACUGGAGCCAUUCACCGAUGAUCUUCUAGAUGUCUAUUUUGAAAAGGUCAACUCGUCGUUUCCUCUACUAGACGAGACAACGUUUCGCAAGCAGUACCGAGAGAACAAAGAUGCCAUAUCCCCUGCACUGCUUAGUUGCUUAUACGCCCACUCGAUAACUUUCUGGAACAGCUCGCCAACGUUGUCGUGCCACCGAUGUCCUGAUGGACGCUUCAUCUGGAAUCUUGCUACUGAAGCCACAUAUUCUCAGAUACACAGAUCUCCAGGACUCUCUGUCAUAGAAGCAUCAAUAUUGAACAUCGGCGGUCGCGAGGUGACUUCUCUUAUUGGCAACGGAGUGCUGUUGGCAUCCUCUGUAGCAAUGGCGCAUUCACUUGGCCUGAACCACAACCCGAUACCAUGGGAAAUACCACAGUCUGAGAAGAACCUCAGAAUGAAGAUCUGGUGGGCAUUGUUGGUUCACGACAAAUGGCUAAGUCUAUCGCAUGGAACACCGCCACUCAUCUCGGCAUCUUCAAACGAUGUGCCCCAGCCUCUUGUUGAGACUCUUUGCGAAGAGAAUUCUCCCCAGGAAAGAGUUCUCAAGGCUACGGUCUACGUAGCUCUCUUGGGAUUGGCCGAGGUUCUGGACUUACACCUGAGGCAUGUCCAUCAGUUUAGCAACCCGGAUGAGACCAAAGAUACAACUCAUCUCGAGUUGGUUAUGAACAACUGGGUCGAAUCUUUGAAUGACCAAGUCCGCCGAAUUAUUAUUCGCGGGACGAACCUGACGAUUCCUGGUGCGGCGAAUCUUCGCUUGUCAUAUUUGACUGUCAGGUUGUUGCUUCAGAGGAUUGAACUUGAAGCCGAGAAACGCAUCCGUGACGCAGGUGACAGCCGUCUCUUAAAUCGGUACAUGCAGGCCCGAAGGACCGCGGAGGAUAUCCUUAUUCUGACACAGGAGCUGCAGAUGGAGCAUCUAUCCGACUUUUUUCUUCCGAGCACAGCCUUUGCCUUCUCUACUACAGUCAGCUUCCUUCUCCGAUGCGCUCUCGAGACGGAAAACUCAACUUCAGGAUUGGUUCAGAGCAGCUCACUGAAAAUCGCUUCUGAUCUGUUAUCUGCUCUUCGUUCGCAUAAAGAGAAAUAUUCUUGGGAUCUUGGCGACAUUUGUCUUGCUCAGCACACUGAAGUUGUCGAGAAGCUUCUGGCCAUGACGCCACCCGAAGACUCAAGUACUGAGGAGCCUCUAGAUCUUUCAAACUUUGGAAUGCCUGACUCUUCCUUCCUCGAUCAGCUUUUCCCCAGCCUGUGGGAUCCGCUACAGAAUACUUGGUAG